AUGAAUGAGAGUCGAAUUCCACCACCGAGAGCCGACGAAGCGAGCCCUAGACAUGCCCCACCGCGCGAGAAUUUGAAGCGUGAUCCUGAAAUGCCAGAAGAACUUUGCAAGGACACAAUGAGAGUAGCAGCAGCCCCAGAGAGAGUCCUUCUUGAAAAAGCCAACAACAAUGAGCCAACACCAACACCAACACCACAGCAACAGACAGCAGCAGUGGCUAUCCCUCUGGUCAAUGAGGUCCAGUUGACUGCUGCUACAGGAGGUGCUGAACUCUCCUGCUACCGUUGCACUGUACCUUUUGGUGUAGUGGUACUGAUCGCUGGAAUUGUGGUCACCGCUGUGGCAUAUAGCUUCAACUCUCACGGUUCCACCAUCUCCUACUUUGGGCUGGUGUUGCUAUCAGCCGGACUAGUUCUUCUGAGCCUCAGUGCCGUCUGCUGGAAGGUCCGGAUGGAUAGAAAGAAGGAAAGAAGGAGAGAGAGCCAGACUGCUCUGAUGACCAAUCACAGGAGCAUCUUUGCUUGA